UGUUUCACUGUUCAUCGGAAGUCCGAAGAUGUCUUUGAGGCCCUUUCUGCUUCUCGCGGUAACUUUGGUGACAACAAAUGCCCAAACACAACCGGACCCCAAAGUGAUAGAAAUGCUAGAACAGAGGAGUUGGAGAAAAUACAAACAAGAAGUUGGGCUUGUUGCUUUUAAAUGGACUACAGACGUAUCAGGACAACUCGUAAAUGAGACAGCGUGGUUGUCUGAGAGAAACAACAUCGUCGCAAUGAAAUCACGUGACAGAGACGUCAGGAAGAAGGGGUUCGAGAGAGUUGACACUAUGAUCGACCUUGCAACGGGAGAAAUGGCAAUUCGACUCAAGGUUCCUACCUCAGUUACUGCCCUCCCAGCUUCAAUGGUUGACCCACAGAUGACAAGACGUGAAAAGAGACAGAAACUCAGAGAUUUAGUUAAAGGCAGAGAUCGUAUGUGCUUCAUCCAUACAGAUCCAAGACUCAAUCUGGCAGCUGUCAAGGGGGAGCUACAAAAACGUGUUGCUGGCGGUUCAGUUCAAAUGGGUUUACCUCAAAACUUUAUUGUAAAAGAGCAAAACCGCAUCUUAACACAAAAUCUGAAAAGUCCGCUGGUCACGAGUUUCUGUUUAAAGUCUGCUGAACACAAUAACAACUUCAGGCUUGAGAAAGGUGCUCCCGCGGCAACUCUAGCCUCAGCUUACAAGGAGAUCAAAUUGAUGGGCCAGAUAGACACAGCACAAGCCGGGACGUCAAUUCCAUAUAACGUACACAUUGAACAAAAAAUAAUGGACGGAGUCACGUCCGAACCGGUGUAAAUUACAGAAAAAUAUAUAUACAUUCAUACAAAUGCUUAAAAAAACAUAUGACUGUGUCAUCGAAAAUAUUACGCCAAUAUUUAUCCUGUAUUUUACGAAGUUGAGAUUGUAUUCUAUUAGCCAACCAAAAGCAAAUGCAUGUGUAGAAUAAUGUUCUUACAUGUUCAGUUGACAACAUAAAGUUGCAAGUAAGGUAUCUUACAUUACUACUAGUAAAUGAUGUUAUGCAAUGUAAUUUUUUUAAAAAGAAAUUAUUGGCGAGAUAAAAGUUGUCACUAUGUGACCGAGAGAAUGCAAACCAUUACUGGCGAAUCGAACAGUCUACUUUUUAAGAGGUCCAUUAUGGUUCGUGCGAUUGAUCGCUAAUUUUAAUUUUUUUCAUGUCACAGAUUGUUGCAGACAUGCAGUUUAAAAAUGAUAUGUUAAACUGUACUGAUCUUAAUAAAAAAAAAUAAAAUAUAUGUGAAUAUUUUU